GAAGUCGUGCUCCUCACACCGUGGAACCUGACGGCCGUGCGGGCUCGCAGGCUCCCCUCCUUCCCUCAGGACGACUGGGAGUGACGCAGGGCGGGCGGAAAAAACUGGGGCUCGAGGUGGAGGACGGGGAGACAAGGCGGUGAUGCACGAGGGACGGCGGCUUUGAUCUCACAGGUUCGAGCCCGCCGGCACAGGACGCCACACACACCUGCGUGCAGGCUUUCCGCUCACAGGCGACACCAGUGAGGCUUCAUCUCCUCAGCACUGGGGCGGAUCAGUGGAUACACUCCCAGGUGAUCCCAGACCUGCACAUGGAAAAGUAGCCUCGUCAUUCCGUUUUCCGCCUGAACGCCGAGCUGCAAGUCGCCUCCAGUUGGAGGGUAAUUGGACACAUCUUUCCGUCGUUUUUUAUUAAGCCUCCACCAUGAACUACCUGCGUCGACGGCUCUCGGACAGCAAUUUCAUGUCCAACCUGCCCAAUGGCUACAUGACCGAUCUCCAACGCCCCGACCCGCCGCAGCAAAGCCCCGCAGUGUCACCGGGGCCGUCCGAGCGGCGCCAGUCCACCAGCCAGCAGCAGCCUGCAGGUGGAGGCUCCGGCUUCUUCUCGUCCAUAUCCAAUGCUGUCAAACAGACCACAGCCGCUGCGGCCGCGACCUUAUCCGAGGCAGCGGACCGGGCAGGAGUCUCCAGCAGUGCCAAGAUCCUCCUGGUAAUCGACGACCAGCAGACCGACUGGGUGAAGGUCUUCAGAGGGAGGAAGGUCCACGGUGAAUUUGACAUCAAGGUAGAACAGGCAGAGUUCUCUGAAAUCAACCUGGUGGCCAAUUCCACAGGCACCUACAAUGUGAGCCUUGAUGCGAUCAGGAAUGGACAUAAGGUUACUAAGUCCUUUAAGCCAGACUUUGUGCUGAUCAGACAGCAUGCAUUCAGCAUGGACAAGAAUGGAGACCACCGCAACAUGGUGAUUGGACUGCAGUAUGCUGGACUGCCAAGUGUUAACUCUUUGCACUCUGUCUACAAUUUCUGUGACAAACCAUGGGUGUUUGCUCAGAUGUCUAGACUCUACAAGCAACUGGGCCCAGAGGAGUUCCCACUGAUUGAACAGGUUUACUACCCAAACCACAAGGAAAUGAUCACCUCCCCUCGCUUCCCUGUCGUGGUAAAGAUGGGCCAUGCUCACUCAGGAAUGGGAAAGGUGAAAGUGGACAAUCAAUAUGAUUUUCAAGACAUCGCCAGUGUUGUGGCGCUGACCAAGACCUACGCCACAUCUGAGCCCUUCAUCGAUGCAAAGUACGACGUCCGCAUCCAGAAGAUUGGAGACAAUUACAAAGCUUACAUGAGAACAUCAAUUUCUGGGAACUGGAAAACCAACACUGGCUCAUCCAUGCUCGAGCAGGUGGCCAUGUCAGACAAGUACAGAAUGUGGGUGGACUCUUGUGCUGACAUCUUCGGAGGGUUGGAUAUCUGUGCUGUGGAGGCUCUACAUGGUAAAGAUGGCAAGGACUACAUUAUAGAGGUUGACGACUGUUCGAUGCCGCUGAUUGGGGACCAGCAGGACGAGGAUCGCGUUCAGAUUGCAGAACUGGUGGUUUCUAAGAUGAACCAGACUGUUCCACACACGUCCAGCUCUUCCACAGUCCGUGCAGCACAUCCAGCACAGAAAGCAGCGUCACCUCAGCCUGUCUCACAGCCCAGAGUACCCCAGGCUCAACAGCGCCCCUCGCCUCAGGGUGGUCCUCAGCAAAGUCCCCCAUCUCAGCAACGCCCACAGCCUCAAGGCCAACCUCCUGCACAGGCCCAGCAAACUGCUGCCAGCCCUGCUGAACCCAGUGUGCCGGCCAAGGCUAACCAAGGCCCCGCAGCCCAGCCACGGCCACCAGGUCAGGGAGCUCCACAAGGCCAGAGACCUGCUUCUGGUCAGGGCUCUCCUCAGCGAAGCCAGGGAGGUUCACCUCAAGCUCAGAGGCAGCAGUCUGUCUCCCAGCAGCAGAAAGCGUCUGCUGGAGGCCCCGGCCAGAAACCCACAGCGGGCCAACCCCAGCAGCAGAGGCCUGCCCAGCCCCCAAGGCAGCAGUCACAGGGAGGGACACAGCAACAGAAGGGUCCUGGCCAGCAAGGUCGUCCUGGAGCACCCACCACCCAGCAGCCCCGACCUGCUGCUCAAGGCCAGGGGGGCCCCGGAGGACGACCCCCGCUGCAGCAGAAGCCUCAGCCCCCACAGAAGCCCAGUCAGGACAACCCGACUGUGGGCGGCUCUCCACAACUAAACAAGUCCCAGUCUCUUACCAAUACCUUCAACAUUCCAGAAACCCCAGCGCCACGAGCCAGCCUUAGCCAGGACGAGGUGAAGGCUGAAACCAUACGCAAUCUACGCAAAUCCUUUGCCAGUCUCUUCUCUGACUGAGACGGCAUAAGCCCCCCCUCCCCUCCUCCUACUGACAGAAAGACGGACAGGCAAACUGAAGGACAGAUUCUCCCCAAUGAACAAGGACCAACAGGAUGCCGUCUCCGAUUCAUGUGCUUCGAUCCUGAUGUGAAAAUGUACACACACUUGACACCCACUGCCUAAAUAGUUAAAAUCUUUUAAAGCUGACAAGAAGUAGACAGUACACACAGUAAAUUUAGGCACUGAUGUCUGAAACAUUCCUUGCCUCGCCUCAAGUCAGUCAUCUGGUCAUUGUGUCCUACAGAACAACACUACGCAGAAGCCUGUAUAUGCAUGAACACACACACAGAAAUAAGAAACAAGCUCCCACUUGUUUGUAUGUAAAGUCAUUGUGAUCUUUAUGUUCCUGGUUGGUUUGCCGACCAAACAAAUAAAUCAAGGGACUGUAUGAAAAUUAUUGAGGUGCAGAGGAGUGCAGCAAACAGGGUCUUCCUUUCAGUUAUUCAGUAUCUCAAAAUGAUAGAAUUGUUCAAAUAUUUCAUUUUAACAGGAUGGUGAAUAUAUAUAUAUAUAUAUACAUCUAUUUUUGAAGAAAGAGCUGUUAAAUAAACUUAGAGACACAACAUGGAAGAAGCGAUAGCACUGUGCUGAAGGACUGCAAUAUUUUCAUCCCAAAAAAGCACCUCCAUGGCACCGCUUUUGAAAUUUAAUUUAACUGUUUGAUCUGUUUUUAUUUUAUUAACCUCACAAAUACAAAAUAUGAAACAAAAUAGAAAUAUGGAAUAAGAAAAAGAAGAAAGAGUUAGACGACCUUCCUGUACCCUCUCCCUUUUAUGACCCCCACCAAUAAUUUUUGUACGGUCCCUAACUCAGCGCAGCUACGCACACAUAGGAUAUCCAGUGUUUAGCUUGUGGUCGAUCUGUUCAAGCCGUUGACCGCUCAUGGUGAUGUCUUAGCUGCAUGUCAACAGGAGGCAAUGGUUGCAUUUUCCAACCCCUGACAUUGGCGCUUGUAACCGUGUUGUCACCUGUAGCUGAAUUAGUUAGUAGCGUAACCUCGUAGAUGUUGUGACAAUGUUGUUGCUGCCACUUUUCUUCCUGUUUUAUGUUGCACAAAAAGCCCGAAAGCUCCCCACCUCGACAGCAUGCCUUACACAGACAAGAAGGUCAGAUCAAAUGGAGCUGUCUCAGGGAUGUCCAGUUGAUUGUGACACUUGUGUGUGGGCGAGGGUCUUCCAUUGUAGUUUUAUUGUGGCUGUUUACCAAUAACGAAGGAGAAGCAUGCAUUUUAAAAUGGUAGAAUGUGUUUAUUUAUUAUCUCAGAUGUAUUUGCACACAGACUAUACUGCAAAAUCAUACUUGAACACAGCAAAGUCUAUAUUUUCAGGUUUAUUCAUCUGCCACUUGACAGAGCAACAGCUCAGUGGUCUGAUCCUGGGGUGCUGCUGUGUCUGUGAUAGGUGUGGUACAGAAGGAUGCAGCAUAGGCAGGGUUGGCAACUGUGCAGGUACAGUUAGUGGAAAAUCUGAUUAUUUACACAGACAGUAGUUUUAUUUCUCGCUCCCUUGAUUUCAAAGCAAUGUAAUGUAAAAAGCAACCGUAAACCAGCUACCAAUUGAGUGGAUGCACAGUAAGUCAGUGGAUUAUGUCAGGGUUUUGCACUCAAGUCCGUCCAACCUCGAGUUUCUGCCUCUGGCUUCUCACCGGGUUCACGGUCUGUGAGAAGAGGCCCCACAACAACGAAGCGAAUGUCGAGUCCGCUGCAGAUUUAGCACAUCCUGCCGCCCGUCUUUUGCACUGACAGCCCUGUCUUCGGUCCCUACUCUGAAAAUCCAAGCUGUUCACUGAAGAACGAUUGUUUCCGAGCACUGACAAAACGUCUUCCACAGGGAGUGCUUUCCAUUCGAAUGUCCACUCAGUAUGGCAAUAUCACGCUUUUUAGAGAAGACCCAAUAGCCAAACGUAUAAAGGAGCUCUGGUUCCCCUGCAGAUUCUCCGUGCUGCCUGUGUUUUAUCAGUCUAUUUGUGUAGCCACAGUGACCCCUUGUGCUCAAUGGUGCAUAAAUGUGUGAAUGUUCUGUAACUGGUCAAACCAAAUAGAUGUGUUGUACAGAGCUCUGAGUGAUGCAGACUGUCACCUCUACCCCCUGCUGCUGCUACUUGUGCUUGUUGAUAUUACGUGUGUCUCUAAAUUGGAUCAUUUUUGCGUUUCUUUGUUUCAGUUACUCUGUACAUGCUUCAUUAGUUCUAUGAGGCAGGACUAUGUGGGCCUUGUAGGGCUUCAUUUUUAGACUUUACAGUGGCUCGGUGUCAGCACACGACAGGCUGUAUGGCCUGGAGAGUCAGCAAGAGAGCGGCCUUGUUGCGCUGAGUGUGUAAUUUAUGAAAAUGAGCCGUCACAAUCUGCAUGGAUGGUUGACUUUGAAAAAUCUGUCGCUCAGAUGCUUCUUUGCCAUGUCCAGACAUUUGCGAUGGCUCCCCUUGAAGCUGACAGAAUGAGCUGUGACAGGUAGUUUUGUGUAUUUAUGUUUUUAUAUCCACAGAUGUUUUUCUUACGUUAUUUAUGGUGGAUAGAUUUGACUGUGAAUGUAUUAUUUCAUUCUUUUCUUUGCUAGUUUGAUUGUUUUCUAAAUGCAUUGUAUAAUCAUUGUGGAAAAGAUUUACAAAUUUGAGUGCAACUGAUUGUCGGUUGAUGCCUGCCAGAUAUAAAAACGUACACCAUAAAUGUAAGUGCAAGAAUCAAAAAGCUGAGGUUUUUUUUUGUUAUUCAGAAAAAUACGAUACUGCAUAGUGUAAAUCAUGGUGGAUUAUUGAAGUAAAUGUAAUAAAAAACAAUAUUUGAUGUUAUAUGCAAUGUAGCUAACUAUAUUAUGUGAAAAUGAGUAUGUUAUAAAAACAUGCACAUGUCUAAUAAAGUCUAUGACCAACGAUGGCGGUUUUAUGUGCUGACUGAGU